UUCAGUUGGCAAACAUUGGAUAUUAAGUUACAUAUCGUCACUUUCAUGUUUAAUAAUAGGUUGCUAAGAUUAGAAAAUUGCAUAGCAGUCCAAGAUAUGACAGCUUUGAAUUUUCUCUUUGUUUUAAACCGUUAUAUUUCUGGUUUUUAUCGAUGUUGGAGCUGGUAUCUAAAAUUUCAACAUUGGCAUGCGGUUUAGAGAUAUUAUCUCAGGGUAAUGAUGUUAUGAAGGAGGAGCACUUUAGAACCGAUGUGUUAGCGUUGGCAAACAGACUGAAUUUCAAGGUAAAAUUAUUUGAUACCUUGCAACCAGUUGAUUUUAAAAUAAUGCUGAACUUUUGAAUUUUUUUAUUCCAGGGCUCCUUUGCCCCCUCCCUCUGGGUGGGGCUGGUAUUGUUGAAGUUGAGUAGGAUAUGUUAAGGUGGUAGGAGUUGCUUGCUGAAGGCUUUGGAGACUCGGGGGUCGAGUGUCUUUCCAACGUGUAGUGUUAUUGUCUCAAUUUAGGUUUUUGUUUGAAGUGAAACGGAAAUCCAUGAUCGUGCAGAUUGACUAAGUUUAAAGCGUUGGUAUCGUCAAGGGAUUGAAAUGAUCAGUCGUAUACGCCCGGGGUGCCAAAUAAUUAGACGGAGUAAAAAUCUUGUGGCAUGGCUAUUAUAUUUUGUUUCAGUUGUGUUGUUUGUGGUGUAUUUUAUACACGAUGAAAUAAUAUGAUGAAAUGAAAUCAUAUUAUAUGAUGAAAAAUAUGAAAUAUAAACUGCCUGCCAUAACAUGUUCAGUAGAAAACCCACAAGUGAUAAUUUGCGGUUAGCUUACUUUAUUUACUUUGUGCUUGGCAUACUCUUAUCAAGAAAAUGAGAAAUUAUGCAAUAGAAAAAUAAAUCAUGAAAUAACGGUCAAUAUUUAAACUUCUUUCUACUUCAUUUUUGUGCCUUACAUUUCCUGGAUAUUUCUUGUGACGUCAGGAAAAUUGUUGUUGUUGUGCUGUUGAGAAGUUCACGUUUGGGGCCUAACAAACUUCUCCAUUUGCCGCAUGAUGGCGAUACGUCGAUUUUAAUAUUGCCAUGCAAAGCCCGUAAAAUAAUCUGGGAUGGUUGCCUGCUGCAGAUAUAUUUUGGUAUGGAUAUGUGACCUCACGUGUUGUUAAGGAAAUCCCCUCUGGGUCGAAUUUCACCUGAAAGUCGACGCAUGGCACAACAACCCAAAACGAGUUGUUGGAAAACUCGAUACGCUAGAGAAGUUUAAUUUCGUUAUUGCUUGAUAUUGGAAACCAAAAAGGCAGGAUACUACCAGCAUAAUUGCCAGCCUAGUUUUAUUGGUUUUUACUUUUCCCCGAAACGCUUCCACGCGGGUCGAAGAAGCGACUUCUUGUCGCAAAAUUCGAACUUUUCUAUUGGGGAGCAGCGUGGCCUUUCAAUACAGAUCCCGAAAGACUCACUGAUUUAACGAUCACACCGAUAAAAGGUUUCAUUUUUGCAAUAUGGCAAGAGCCCCUGGCCAAAUACUUAUUAUUGGUGAACAGCUUCGCCUUCGUAUGCAUGAAGAGGCAGGGUUAAUUGGAGACAGGAGAUACCAUUUCAGAACAUACACUUGCUGUAUAGUUGGCAAAGAUGCAGUUGAUUGGAUGGUUAGAACAAAAGAAGUAACAAGUAGAGAAAAUGCUGUGAAAUGCAUGAGACUGUUGCAAGAUAACGGGGUACUCCACCAUGUGUGUGAUGAUCAUGUUUUCAAAGAUGAGUAUCUGUUCUACAAGUUUCGAGUUGAUGAUGGCACACUGUUCAUUGAGCCAGAACUGGAAAUCUACAGUAAAGGAAUCAAACUGCACCAGAGGAUAUGUGCUGCUGAAGACAGUUUCAUAACUUCAAACAACAGUAAACAGAAAGGAAAGCCAAGUCAUAGUUUCACUGGCACUGAGCUGGUAUCUUGGCUUAUUGAGAAUGGUGAGACUAAAAAUCACACUGAGGCACUUGAUUUGGGUGAGCAACUGAUGAAGGUUGGAAUUCUAAGAAAUGUGCAAGGAGGGAUAGAAUUUCAAGAAGAUGAAACAGUUUAUCAGUUCGUUUUCGAUGUCCGACCAUGCACGCCUCUUUACAAAGCGCUAGGAGUCAGCCUUGAGGAAGAUUUAUACGGACAAAAACUUCUUGCUGAUGCUGUUGAGAGACUGGGGCUGAGUCCAGGUCAGCAACAUUACAUACACAAGCUCUGGUCUGGGAAAAAUGAGCCUUUUGUUAAUGAAGACAAAUCAUCUAGAUCAUCGGAAGACGAGGGUGAUAGCAUUAACCAAUCAGGAUUGAAACCAGUUGUUCUACGCCACAUGACAGCUGAAGAACUUACGGGAAAGAAAAGUCCAUACAUACCACAAAACAUCAGAAUAAUGAGUGAUUCGGUAGGUUUCGGCUUCGUUGUUCGUGGCGAUGGCCCGUGUUAUGUUCAGACAGUCGACCCAAGCGGGCCAGCAGCAUCAGCUGGUCUUAAGGUACGACAAUACAUACAAGCCGUCAAUGGUCGCAAUGCGCUUACUAUGAAUCAUAAAGAACUAGCUAAAGAAAUCAUGAAGGGACCAAUGGUAGAUUUAGUUACCCUUGUACAUUUCCGAAGCAUAUCUCACGAGUAAUUAAGAGCCGCCUGCGCAGGAGGGAUAUCCUAGCAACAACUGCUGAUGUGCUACAAUCAGUGUGCACGAAUUUAGUGCUUUAAAAACGCUGUAGCUCCAUUAUCCUAGCAAAGAACUAGAUGUGCAGUAAAGAUAGCUUGAAUUAAUGAGAUUUUUCGCGCCUAACUUUAAGAUCUUCUGCUCAUACCCAGUACCCUACUCUAACCACAUUAACAUGAAGCUUAUGAACGACGACAAGACACCGCAACCUAUUUUCAGAACUUACAUGAAAUAAAAAACCUUUUGAAAAAUGAAAAACAAUUUCUUGAACAAAGUUUACGUGAAAGAUUUCUUGUUCUGGAAAUAUCAUCUGGCUGCAUAGAUAUAAUGCGUUCUAUACAGGCUGUUUGGAAAUGUACUUGCUUAGUGUUGGCCUUACUGCUGCUUACUUCCUUUCUAUCUGUAAUGAGUCUGAUUGGUCAGUCAACAGCCUAUCAAUCAAAUAUCGACAGAUGAAGGUGCAUUUUGACCUCGACUAGGCCAACAAGAAUUUUUCAAGUAGAUGAAUACAAGUGACCGAAAUCAUUCAAGUUACAACAACUGAUUAUUGUGGACCAAAACUGUCUUUCUGUAAUUGGAAAUUGUUUCCUUUGGCGUAUCUGCUUUUAGCAGUACUGUUAUGAAUCUGAUUGGCCAAACUUGACAUUUAAAUCCAGCCUUUCCUCUAUCCCCUCACGUGCAUUUGAAAAAUUGUCUUCACUUUUCUUUCAUUUUUGCUCAAAUCUUGGGUAAAAAACGGGUAGCAAUAUGCACAUCUUGAAGUUGAUAUUAAAAAUGAACACUUGAUGAGCCUAUUUGGGCGAUAUCCCUUCUUGAUCAUCUAGAGCUUUGAUAAUUGUCCACCUGCUUGCCAGCCGUUUUUUUCUCAAAUUUGUGGUUUCUACUCGCGAAACAGUUGCUCUUACUCACCAAAAUCUCAGUCUUUAACCUCGCAAAGUUUGUCUUAUCCCACUCUAAUCUUGUAGUUUAUGUUGACAGCUGUUGUUUCAGUUCUUUUUUAAGUAGGACCGUCCUUCACAGGCCGUGAUAUUGUGCUGCUUUCCCAUCUAAAGUCUCAUGUUUGAAAUUGAUUUUUAUGCUGGGUUUCCUUCUCCGAAUCCCUUAGUUGCAGCAGGCGCUAAGGAUUUACAUCCCCCCUUCUUUCAGUGACCUGCUGUUUUAAUUUAACAACUAACCAUGAUUAAUUUCAUUUCGGCCCCAAACUAACCGUAAAACACGUCUGUUUUAAAAACAGUAGACAUUGGCCCUAAAAUUAUACAAGGUUCCCCUCUUUUAAGCAGGGCCUGCACCACUGGAGGGGCCAGGGUAGCCAUGCCCCCCCUCCCACUUUUUUGCGAAGCAAGUAGUUUUAAAACUGCAAUAAAAGGGGUAAGAAGCCCUGGCCCCCUAAAAUAUAAGCCUUGCCCCCCCCCCCACUUUAAAAUUCGUGGCGGGGGCCCUGUUAAGGCUGCAAUGAUAGAAGAUUUGGUUGUAGCUCUGUUCUGAAUGUACAUUGAAAACUCUAAAAAUAAACAUUAACAUUUGCUAAAAGUUCGUAUUUGACAUAAUGAAAUUAUCCAUCCCCAAACUUCCCUGGCCGAACCAUGUCCUAUGUUUAAAUGUUCAGAAUAAAAAAUAGCCUUUAUAUAUGCCAGUUAUCAAUGGAUAAUCUGUUGGGCCUUUUUAUGAAUUUUUAAGAUUCCUACCACUGUGUCCUCUCCAUAAAGACCUGAAAAAGCGUUGUUGACGUUGUUAAAUUUGUAAUGAUACAGCAAAUUAUACUGCUUGCAUUUUUUGUUUUUCCUAUUUUAAGGAAUUUUUAAACCUUGUUUACUUUGUAAAACUCGGUUGUUAUAUUUUCUGUAUAUUGUAUCUUAAAUUUGUAUCUUAAAGCUUUUGUCGGUUUAUUAAGAGCUCAAAUAAUUUACUUAUAUUGUGUUGAAUAGAUUGGGGAGUAUUUUUAAUAUAUCACGUGACAGCGAGGAUUCGUUUAAUAAGUGUUAAGCAUUUUUAAGUGUUUGACAAUGGCACGAAAUAGCGGAACCAUAGCAUUUUCAAGUGUAGCUUGGCUAUUCUCGGAAUCAGCAGCUUUGAGGCGCCUAACAUGUGGGCCCCUUCUGUAUCUUCAUUUGAAAACUUCACAUUUCAAGGUCAACCACGUGAAAGCUAUAGAAACCUAAGAGCAGGCAAUUAAAUCCUUCAGAAAACAAAAAAGGUAUUCUUUUUUCGGUACCUUUAACCAAAAAUCGUCCAUUCCCCUUCUUCUAAUUCGAUGCGUGCUUCCAAAAUUAGUGUUGCUUGCUUUUCUAGCUGUUGGUGUCAAAUAUUAUGUCGCCAACAGUAACCUCGUUCAUGACGAAAGCGAUCUGCUGUGCUACAGGGUGUAGUUCUAGCUCCUUUGUUGCUUAUAAUUUCUUAAAGUUUAAGAUUUCGUUAGAUGGUAUAAAUCUACAUUCGACAAAGUAAUCAAAUUACGAUUUAAUGGAUGUAAAAUCUUGAAAUUAAUAACGACUGUUAAGGGAAAAGACGUUUUUCAAAUUUACUUUUUUCGUUUUCAUUCACGUUAUCACGCUACUGUUUUACUGUUCAAUGCUUGCCUCUUCAGUUCUAUCAACAGCAGAAUUUCAGUCAGCAGUUAAUGUGACAGUUCUGUGGCCGGCCACCGUCUCUCGUUGCUAUAAUGCAGUCUGAAAUACAAAAUUGUAGAUUAUGAUACGCUAAUGUUUACUGUAUUGGGAAAUGGGGAGUAUUGUUGUGAGCUGGAUAUUAGAAUCUUCGAUAUCAAGCUAAAUAAUAUAAAAGUCCGUAAUUAUGUAUCCUAAAAGUGACGUUUGGUUAUAAAUUGAUAUUAGAUGGAAAUUUAAUAUUAUGUUGUUGAAUUGUUACGUAAUUCUGGUUUUUCGUCAGCUUUUACAGAA